AUGGCUGAGGAUAAUCGCAAGCAGCCCACGCAGCCCAUGGCUGUGAACAAAGAGCAGAACCACGGUGGUGACGGCUCGGUCUAUGUCCCUUUGAACUUCGGCGAAGUGAAUUCCACUCAUUCUUCUCAGCAAGGCUAUGCCAAUGUCGCUGCGCACAAUCCUCAUCCCGCUCAUCAGAACCACCAUUCAUAUGGCCAGAAUGGAGUUCCCACUAUCCCGGGAGCGCCUGGCCAUCAGCAAGCCGACCAAAGACCCACCCAGCAUAUGGCUCUUGAUUCCGUUCCUGUGAACGUAGGCGUCCAAAACAAUUCUGCAGGUGUCCCGGCUGAGAAUUACCAUCAGGCUCAUCAGCAAGUUUAUGCUCAACCCCAGUACAACCAGUAUCAAGGUCAGCAAUACCACCAAGGCCCACAGCAAUAUCACGCUCAGCAGUACAUCCCGUAUUUUGCUCAGCAACACCACCAUAUUGCUCAGCAAGUUCAAGUUAAGCCGUACAACCAGUAUUCGGAUCAUCAACACCACCGAGUCGCUCAGCAGGUUCAUGCUCAGGAGUACAACCAGUUUCAAAGUCAGCAACACUAUCAAGCGCCAUUGGCCCAGCCCAUUCCGGUCCAGCAAGUUGUCCCGGCCCCAAUUAUGAAUAGCUUCCAGGGCGGCCCAGCUCAGCCGGGCGGUUUUCUAGACCACCCCCCGUCCGUCAGGUUUGUGCAAGCCAAUCCGGUUGCUCAUCAUCCCAGCGUCGGUGUUUCCCAUCCAUAUUUUGACACACCCGUUGUGCCUCAUCCACAGGCCAACCACCCCGACGUUCUGGGGCUGAACCACAUCAGCCCGGAUGACCCCAAAGUCGAGGCCUUCAUCGCCAGCGCAGCCAGGGUCCUUCAUGCCUCACACCAGCGUUGCAAGCACACGUGGUCUGAUGGACAGUUUGAGUACCGGUGCACAGCCCACGCCUAG